AUGGUGCUAAAAGCAGAAAGGUACUCAGAACUCAGUCAACUCACCAAUGUUGCUAACACUGCAAGUCAUGAAGCAUCAAGAAAGAGAAAAAGGCGAAAAGCAAAGGGUAAAUGUGUCAUUUUGAAUCUGAAUGAUAAUACUUCAUCAAUUCAAGAUCUUCCUACACAAAUGGAUACAUUUAUCACUAAAUCUCUUUCUGAAAAACUCAUCAUUGGUAGCAUACAAAUCCUCAUUGAUUAUUCCUACCUUAAUGGAAUCCAAAUCAUGAAAACCCAUGUUGCCACAUCAGCAAAAAAGCUUCUGAUUCUUGAUGUAAAUGGAUUGUUAGCGGAUAUCGUUUCCCCCCCUCCAAAAGAUCUCAAAUCAGAUAAAAAUAUUUCAAGAAGAGCAAUAUUCAAGAGACCUUUUUUGGAUGACUUUUUAAGAUUUUGCUUCCAAAGAUUUGAUGUUGCGAUUUGGUCAUCAAGAACAAGGAAAGUUCUAGACCCUGUGGUUGAUUAUUUGUUAGGAGAUUUGAAGAAGAAGUUGUUGUUUCUUUGGGAUUUGUCACAUUGCACAAAUUCAAGUGCUAGGAGCCUUGAAAACAGACAUAAGUUAAUAGUUUUCAAGGAAGUCAAGAAAAUUUGGGAAAAAAUUGAAUUUUAUGAUGAAUCAAAUACAUUAUUGUUGGAUGAUUCUCCAUAUAAAGCGUUACUAAAUCCCAAGCAUACCGGAGUCUUUCCCUUGUCUUACACCUACAAGGAUACAAAUGACAACUCUUUAGGUCCUAAUGGAGAUCUUAGAGUUUAUUUGGAAGGUGUGGGGACCACUGAAAAUGUAAAAACGUAUGUAGAGCAACAUCCAUUUGGUCAAAAUGCCAUUGAUAAAAGAAGCCCACGUUGGGCCUUUUACUCCAAGGUUCUUAAAGAUGUAUCUUAAUAAAAAAAAAAAAAAAAAUUAGAUUCGUAAACUUUUUUUGAAAUUAAAUGGAUAAAUUUGGACAUAAUUUUGUUGCACUGAGUGACAAUUGUCACUGACUGUAACAAAGUUAGGUUUUGAUAUCGUGAAACAGGUUAUUUGGUUUUCGUUGUCCGAACUGGUUAAAUAUAAUUAAAUUGAAUUGUCUACAAGUGGAUUUUUUUUAAUUUUUUGUUUAGUUCAAAUGUUUGUAAAAUUUAAAUAUUAAAUUUAAU